GGUGCGCUGGUCCGUUCAAUUCACCUCGGUAUGACGAAGCAAAUUCUUCAGGAAACUCUUGCCGUCAAAACGAAACGGCUUAAACUUGGGGUUCUUCGCGUUCGCGUUCCCUCGAGAAAAAAGCAAAUUCUGUUUCAUGGCAACAGACGGAAAGAGAUCUAUCAAAAUGGAUCCUCUGUCUCCUGGACCGUGUUUGGACAUCAGCGACGACGAGCUCGUUACAAUAUCGGUACGUGACUUGAAUCGACAACUUAAGCUACGAGGUUUAUCACGUGAUGAAAUCACACGCAUGAAACAGCGCAGACGAACUUUAAAGAACCGUGGAUAUGCUGCAAGUUGCAGAAUAAAGCGAAUCGAGCAGAAAGAUGAACUUGAAUCAGAAAAAACUCAAGAAUACCGUGACAUGGAAACCAUGCAAGAAGACAAUAAUAGGAUGAGAGAAGAAAUUGAAUCGUGGCAUUCAAAGUAUUCAGCGUUGAAGAGAUUUGCUGCUGAAAAGAAAAUACCCCUUCCUUCGGAGUUGGAGACAAUGUAGACAUUCCAUUUAUUCGGACAAAGCAAUAUAGGUGAAUUUUUACUCAUAGAGACAUCUAUUUAAGGAUUAAAUUGGUUCGUGUCCGAUUAAGAUAAGAAGAGAAAGAAUUAACAUACACGUAUCUCGUUAACUACACACUGUUAAAAAAUCAUUUUCAGUAUCGAAAAUGUUCAUAACCUGAUCAGUGAUUUUAAUAUCAAUUAUAUUAUUUCAUGGUCUGUAACAUCUGCAUUCGUAAACUGCUCCAUAUUGGAUGUUUCGACAAGUAAAUGCAAGUACGAAAACUUGUUAGAAUAAAACACAAAUAUACAAAG